CUGUUUUUAUCUCUUUAGCCACCGCUGGUCCAAGCAAUUUUCAAUGGCGAUCCUGAUGAGAUACGUAUAUUAAUCUACAAAACUGAAGAUGUUAAUGCGUUGGACACGGAGAAGCGCACCCCGCUUCAUGUUGCUGCUUUCUUGGGAGAUGCAGAGAUUAUUGAACUCCUCAUCUUAUCCGGAGCCCGUGUCAAUGCAAAGGACAACAUGUGGCUGACUCCUCUCCACCGAGCUGUUGCUUCAAGGAGUGAAGAAGCUGUACAAGUAUUGAUUAAGCAUUCAGCUGACGUCAAUGCCCGAGACAAGAAUUGGCAGACACCCUUACAUGUUGCAGCUGCAAAUAAAGCUGUGAAGUGUGCUGAAGUGAUAAUUCCACUUCUGAGUAGUGUCAAUGUCUCUGACAGAGGAGGUCGGACAGCAUUACACCAUGCAGCUCUGAAUGGUCACGUUGAAAUGGUGAGUUUACUUUUGGCUAAAGGGGCAAAUAUUAAUGCCUUUGACAAAAAGGACCGAAGAGCUUUACAUUGGGCAGCAUAUAAGGGCCAUUUGGAAGUUGUUUCAUUAUUGAUCAGUCAUGGUGCUGAAGUGACAUGUAAAGAUAAGAAGGGUUACACUCCACUUCAUGCUGCUGCUUCCAGUGGCCAGAUCAGUAUAGUGAAGCAUUUGCUCAAUCUUGGUGUGGAGAUUGAUGAAAUGAACAUCUAUGGAAAUACUGCCCUUCAUAUUGCUUGUUAUAAUGGGCAGGAUUCUGUGGCUAAUGAGCUGAUAGACUAUGGAGCUAACGUCAAUCAGCCUAAUAAUAGUGGAUUCACUCCCCUCCAUUUUGCUGCUGCUUCUACUCACGGGGCCCUUUGUCUGGAACUGCUUGUGAAUAAUGGGGCAGAUGUAAACAUUCAGAGUAAAGACGGGAAAAGCCCACUGCAUAUGACAGCUGUCCACGGGAGGUUUACACGGUCACAAACUCUCAUUCAGAAUGGAGGUGAAAUUGACUGUGUUGAUAAGGAUGGCAACACUCCCCUUCAUGUGGCUGCAAGAUAUGGACAUGAACUUUUGAUUAAUACCUUAAUAACCAGUGGAGCUGAUGCUGCCAAAUGUGGUAUCCAUCGCAUGUUUCCUUUACACUUGGCAGCACUUAAUGCACAUGCUGACUGCUGCAGGAAGUUGCUUUCAUCAGGACAAAAGUAUAGCAUAGUGUCCUUGUUUAGUAAUGAGCACGUGCUGUCUGCAGGCUUUGAAAUAGACACCCCAGAUAAAUUUGGAAGGACGUGCCUCCAUGCUGCUGCUGCAGGAGGCAAUGUUGAUUGUGUGAAACUCUUGCAGAGCAGUGGAGCAGAUGUAAAUAAAAAAGACAAAUAUGGAAGAACACCUUUGCACUAUGCAGCUGCAAAUUGUCAUUUUCAAUGUAUUGAGAUGCUGGUAACUGCGGGGGCCAAUAUUAAUGAAACUGAUGACUGGGAACGAACAGCUUUACAUUAUGCUGCAGCCUCAGACAUGGACAGAAAAAAGAAUAUUUUGGGUAACUCCCAUGAAAACUCUGAAGAAAUUGAAAGAUCCAAUGAAAAGAAAGAAAAAGAAGCUGCAUUGUGUCUAGAAUUUCUUCUUCAAAAUGAAGCGAACCCUUCAAUCCAAGAUAGAGAUGGCUAUAAUACUGUGCACUAUGCUGCUGCCUAUGGACACAGGCAGUGUCUAGAACUGCUUCUGGAGAAAACAAAUAACUUUUUCGAGGAAUCAGAUUCAACAUCAGCAAGAAGUCCUUUGCAUUUAGCUGCCUAUAAUGGUCACCAUCAAGCAUUAGAGGUGCUGCUUCAGUCAUUAGUAGAUCUGGAUAUCAGAGAUGAAAAAGGACGUACUGCCCUGGACCUUGCUGCAUUUAAAGGACACAUGGAAUGUGUUGAAGUGCUCAUCAGUCAGGGUGCUUCUGUCACAGUGAAAGAUAACAUCACACAACGAACCCCACUCCAUGCCUCAGUCAUCAAUGGGCAUACAUCAUGUCUACGACUUUUAUUAGAAGUAACAGAUAACCCUGAUGUAGUGGAUGCCAAAGGACAAACUCCACUGAUGCUAGCUGUGGCUUAUGGGCACAUAGACGCUGUUUCUUUGUUACUUGAAAAAGAGGCAUCCGUUGAUGCAGCUGAUAUCCUGGGAUGUACUGCUUUACAUCGAGGGAUUAUGACAGGGCAUGAGGAAUGCAUUCAAAUGCUGUUGGAACAAGAAGUAUUAAUUCUAUGUAAGGAUGCCAGAGGCAGGACACCUCUACAUUAUGCAGCAGCUCGUGGUCAUGCCACAUGGCUGAGUGAAUUAAUGCAGAUGGCACUUUCAGAAGACUACAAUUUUAAAGAUAAUCAGAAUUAUACACCAUUGCACUGGGCUUCAUAUAACGGAAAUGAAAACUGUAUAGAGGUACUGCUGGAACAUAAAGCUUUUUGCAACUUUAAUGGAAACUCUUUUUCUCCAUUGCACUGUGCGGUAAUAAAUGAUCAUGAAAAUUGUGCUUCACUACUCAUUGGGGCAUUUGGUGCUGGCAUUGUUAAUUGCAAAGAUGAAAAAGGAAGAACUCCACUUCAUGCAGCAGCCUUUGCUGAUCACAUGGAAUGCUUGCAGCUACUUUUAAGUCACAAUGCACAAGUAAAUGCUGCAGAUAAUUCAGGGAAAACUCCACUUACCAUCGCUGCUGAAAAGGGGCAUGUAGGGACUGUAGAUUUUUUGGUGAACAGUGCUAAGGCUGAUUUAACCUUGAUGGAUAAUGACUUGAAUACGUCAUUGCACUUGGCUAGCAGUAAAGGUCAUGAAAAAUGUGCCUUGUUGAUACUUGACAAGAUACAAGAACCGAGCCUUAUUAAUGCAAAAAACAAUGCAUUGCAAACACCUCUUCAUAUUGCUGCACAGAAUGGCUUGAAGAUGGUAGUUGAGGAAUUGUUAGCAAAGGGGGCAUGUGUACAGGCAGUAGAUGAAAAUGCUUCUAGGUCGAACGGACCCUUUUCCUCGCCUGAGAAAGGUGUACAGAAAGAAGAGUGAGACUCUUAAAAUAUAAAGAACUAACCAGCUAUACCAUGAGGACCAAAAGGCUUCAGAAGACUUUAUUAUUUUUUUAAUAAUGCAAGGAAAAAAACAAGUAACUUUUCUAAUCACAAAUGCACAAAUAGUGUUUUCUGUAAUUAAGAGUCUUGGGUUAUUUCUAGUAGAUACUUUGACAUUUGUAACCGAUGAUGAUGUGUUGAUCACAGUUUAUUUUUCCAGACCAAUGUUCGUACUUGUAAUGUUAAAUGUGUUUAUAUUUAUUUGAAAUGAAACAAGUGCCCAGAAAAAUUGACCAUGGUUUGUCCUCCUUCUUAAUUCUAUAAUGUGUUAUUAGCUAUGAAUUUAAGCAAAUUUAGUGUGCUGAGUUUGAUGGAACAAAUGCACAUAGUUAUUAUUUUCAGCUCUUAUAUAGCCAAUUGGGAAUAGCUUCAAAAGCCAAGUGCUGUUCAUGCACAUUUUAUCAAACGCAGUGGAGGAGUACAUUGCACAAUAUCUGUUGGCAGAGCAAAGGGGAACAUAUAAAGAAAAAAAAGUGUGAUUUAGUCUUUAAAAGGGGUUGAAAAUUUGUCAAAGUUCAAAAGGAGAAUUGUAGAAUAAAGAGGAAAGUGUCCUUCCUCGUUUAUGGAAGCAAAAUACAUUUUUUACCUGAAACACAAGCAGUAGCCUGCUGCUUUGUUAUCUAUUCUACACAGGUAUUUGAAAUAAUUUAAUAUAACCACUCAUUGCUAUAUAUCGAAGUAUGUUAGAGACAGAAUAUGUGAAUUUAUUCUUGGAUGAUCAGUAAAAUGUAACAAACAGCAGCACAACAGUUUCGCUCUGCUUGUAUAAACAAGAUUUGCCAGAAAAGCUUCCAUCUUGAAACUGCACCUUCCUCUAAGUCAAAUGUAUUUUCAUUCUGGACUGUAUGUUGCAAAAAAUAGACAGAAAUAGACAUCUUGCAUUGUAAUGGAAUUUGCAAAUAUUUCCACUUUGAAACAGCUGUUUCUGCACAACAUUGUUCUGAUUUCACUGAAAGUGUUCUGUUGCUGUACUGUACCAGUAUUUGAAGAAAUGUUACAAAUUCAAAAUGCUUUGUACAUAUCUAAAAUGUAAUCCUUGUAGGAGACCCUUUAUUUUCAGACAGGUGACAAUGUUCCUCAGAUUUCAGCCAUUUUGUAGUUACACUCACACACAAAAAUGCCUGAGAUGAAAAGGUAUCAUUAAAACUGACCGAAACUCUCA